GGCGGUGCGACCCGACGGGGCGGGUUCGGAUCCCGGCACGGCGCGUUGCGGGCACGGAACGGGGACGGCCCGGUUCGGUUCGGUUCGGUUCGUACACUGAGCGUUCCUACAGCCGUGAUGCUGCUCGGAGAACCGGGAGGAGACCACAGGGCUGAGCUGUCCGCACCUACGGGGAAACCGAACCCUCAAAGCGGGACCGGAGGAUGCGAAACGGACCGGGAGCGAAACGGACCGGGAGCGGACCGGGACACGGAUACAGCCGUCGGGUUACCCCAACCCCAACCCCAUUCACAUGGAUUUAUGAAUGAGAGACCCCGCCCCUCGGCCCCGCCCCCCCCAUCCGCCCAUUGACCGUCGUUUCUGCCGCCCGUACCGUCGGUGCCGCUCUCCGGUGACCGCGGCCAUGACCCGGAGCUUCGGAACGACUCGUUGUCCCCCACCGCCCACCCGGCACCCACCGCCAUGAGGAGCGGGGGACCCGCCGCUUUCGCCGCCUGCCUCGCUGGGGCGCUCGCUGUGUUGGCGGGGCCGGGAUCGGGCAGCUCUAUCUGGGGUGGUCGGCGACCCCCCCGGAGCUACGGGCAUCUGGAAGGAGACGUGCGGUGCCGGCGGCUUUUCUCCGCUACACGGUUCUUCUUGAGCAUCGACGGCGGCGGUGGAGUGGAGGGGACGCGCUGGAGGGAGCGGCCGGGCAGCAUCGUCGAGAUCCGGUCGGUGCGUGUCGGCGUUGUGGCCAUCAGGGCGGUGCACACCGGCUUCUACCUGGCCAUGAACAAGCGGGGGCAGCUCUAUGGGUCGGUAGGUCAGGCACUUCAAUUCAAGGCAUUGGAGGUGCAGGGCAAAGCCGGAACGGGGUGGGGGUAUCCUGCACCUAGUGGGGCUGGUACCCAUAUUGUACCCCCUACAUCCCAUAAGGGAUGGCACCUGCGGAGCCCUCACCCUGCUCACCCCCCUUCCCUCCUCUAUCAGAAGGAAUUCAGCCCCAACUGCAAGUUCACGGAGCGCAUUGAGGAGAACGGCUACAACACCUACGCCUCGCUGCGCUGGCGGCACCGGGGUCGCCCCAUGUUCCUCUCUCUCAAUAGCAAAGGGAGGCCGCGGAGAGGGGGCAAGACGAGCCGGCAGCAUCUCUCCACUCAUUUCCUCCCCAUGCUCGUCAGCUGAGCCCCGCAAUGUGGCUCCUGGACUGUCCUGUAGUCCCUCCCCUGGAGGGGGGGAAGGCUACUUCAUCUAUGUACAUAUCUAUCUAUAUUGCUAUUUAUUGGUUUGUUUUAUAAGUCAGUGCGUAGAGCCACGCUGGGGCUCUGCUUGGUGUCCCUCUAUGUGUCCAAAGUGAGACACACACACCGUGAAUGGAAAUGCAUCCCAUCCUGCUGACAGCAUCUCUGCAAUGGGGAGAGCAGCUGUGGGAUGUGUUUGGUGUCUGAGCACUCGUGGAAAUUAAAGCUGUGUUCAUGGCAAGGGGCAGCAA